AAAAACGCCCACGACACAGGAAAUCUGUCACACUGCUUGGUGAGAGUUCGGCGCGCGGCGUUGCCGUUGCCGCUGCUGUGAGGAAAAGAGCGCACGGGAACGCGCACUCGUUGCCGGUGGCGGGAUAAGGGUGGGAGAACAGCCGAGUUCUGCCUUCUGCGCCGGUCGCUAAGGGGAAGAGAGAGAGACGUUUCCUCGCUCUCGGUAUUUCCCGCUAUCCGAGCGGGGUGCCGCCACCCACCAAAGCUGACCAGCAAUUCCAGUCAGAAGCCCCAGGUUGCCAUUGUUCUCUGAUGCCAUGCCAGCACCAACUCAGCUAUUGCUUCCAUUAAUUCGUAACUGUGAAAUUGGCAGGAUAUACAAUACUGCAUGCUACUGUCAUCAUAAACAUCUCUGUUGCUUGUCGCCUCACUUAACUCACAAUCACUUGAGAUAUGUUCCACCAAAGAAGCUUGCAACCCUUUGUAGACCAAAGGAGAACUUCAGUCAGUUUAUUCAUGCAAGAAACUAUGUCUCCACACCACAGAGGUUUUAUCUCACACCUCCACAGGUCAACAGCAUCCUGAAGGCAAAUGAAUACAGUUUCAAAGUUCCUGAGUUCGAUGGGAAAAAUGUAAGUUCUGUCCUUGGCUUUGAUAGCAACCAGCUUCCUGCCAAUGCACCAAUAGAAGAUCGAAGAAGUGCAGCCACUUGCUUACAAACAAGAGGGAUGCUUCUUGGUGUGUUUGAUGGUCAUGCAGGAUGUGCCUGUGCACAAGCUGUCAGUGAAAGACUGUUUUACUACAUCGCUGUUUCUCUAUUACCCCAUGAAACUUUACUUGAGAUAGAAAAUGCUGUUGAGAGUGGUAGGGCCCUGUUGCCCAUCUUACAGUGGCAUAAGCACCCCAAUGAUUAUUUCAGUAAAGAAGCCUCCAAAUUGUAUUUUAACAGCUUAAGAACUUAUUGGCAGGAACUCAUAGACCUUAACACUGGGGAGACAACGGAUGUAAAAGAGGCUUUAAUUAAUGCCUUUAAAAGGCUUGAUAAUGACAUUUCUUUGGAAGCUCAAGUAGGAGAUCCAAAUUCUUUUCUCAAUUACUUGGUACUGCGUGUAGCCUUUUCUGGUGCAACUGCUUGUGUGGCUCAUGUUGAUGGGGUUGAUUUGCAUGUUGCUAAUACUGGUGACAGCAGAGCCAUGCUUGGGGUCCAAGAAGAGGAUGGCUCUUGGUCUGCUGUUGCUCUGUCUUAUGAUCAUAAUGCACAGAAUGAAAGUGAGAUUGAAAGACUCAGAAUGGAACACCCAAAGUCUGAAGAAAAGAGUGCUGUGAAACAAGAUAGGUUAUUAGGCCUACUGAUGCCUUUCAGAGCUUUUGGAGAUGUCAAAUUUAAAUGGAGCAUUGACCUUCAGAAGAGAGUGAUCGAGUCGGGCCCAGAUCAGCUCAAUGAUAAUGAAUAUACAAAGUUCAUUCCACCAAACUACCAUACUCCGCCGUACCUCACAGCUGAACCAGAGGUAAUACAUCACAAAUUAAGACCUCAGGACAAAUUCUUGAUACUGGCAACAGAUGGCUUGUGGGAAACCAUGCACAGGCAGGAUGUGGUUAGAAUUGUAGGUGAGUAUUUAACAGGUGUUCACCAUCAAGAGCCAAUAGCUGUUGGAGGUUAUAAGGUAACUCUGGGACAGAUGCAUGGUCUUCUAACAGAAAGGAGAGCCCGGGUCUCUUCAGCUUUUGAAGAUCAGAAUGCAGCAACUCAUUUGAUACGCCAUGCUGUUGGAAAUAAUGAGUUUGGCACUGUUGAUCAUGAGCGGCUGUCAAAGAUGCUUAGUCUUCCAGAAGAGUUGGCUCGGAUGUACAGGGAUGAUAUCACAAUUAUAGUGGUGCAAUUCAAUUCCCAUGUUAUAGGUGCAUGUCAAAAUGAGGAGUUCUAAAUUCUAAACUGAAGUUGUGAACCAAAGUUUUCACAGAACAAAAUGGCCAGUACUGACUGCAUGAUAGUAAAACUUACAUGGUUAUUCUCUGGCCAUCAGAAGUACAGUUGAAGCAAGUAUAAUUUGCACAAAUGUAGAGCAAUGGUCAAAGGAUUAUCAAAUUAACUCCUAGGAGAGCUGAACAAAUUGGGACAACUUUGCACUAAUCAACCAUUUCCUUGAACAGUGGCUUGUAAUUUGGGAUUACUUGAUAGAAGUAAAGGCUUCAUAUGCAUCCAUGCGAUGUCCUCCAAGGCAAAAAUCUUGUGUGUUUUGUCACAUGUAAAUAUCUAUAGAUAGGUAGUAGCUAUACAGAACAUUGGAUAGUAACUUGGUUGUAAAUCUGAAUUUGAAUAGGGCUGAUAAGUUUUAUAUCUACAAAGUAGCUAUGGUGUCUUCCCUUUUGGAAAGGAAAAGAACUUUUUAACAAGUUGGUAAAUGUCUUGAUAGAACAUCUAGCUAUCCUCUUUUGGGUUGGGUAAUGAUAUCUCAGUUGAAACACAUACCUAGAGUACCACUGUUAUAGUGCAAGUCUAAGCCAUAUCUCAAGCCUGUCCAAAAUUAUUAGUAGUGGAAUAAAUUUUUGCAUCAGAUGACUUACUUACUUUGAGAAGACUGUAUUUUGCACAGUUCAAUAGGCAAUAAAUGAUAAUGAUAAGAUUGGUUAACUGGUGGGAAAUGCAAAAAAAAAUUGACUUGCAUUAUGAAGCUAUGAUUCUACCUUUUCUGAAACGUGAGCUAAUUUUCAAUCAGGCUGUCUUGUGAAACAUUUUACUCUUGGCAAGCAACAGUCCUGACUUGUACCAAACCUAUUUCCAAUCAUAAGUCUCUGGUCUUAUGCAAUCAGUAGUGACUUAGUAAACUAGUGCAGACACAUAUGUUGUAAUUUGAAUUAAAAGUUUUGUUUUGUUUUUAAGUAUCACAAAGCAAAAGCAUAUCCAUAUAGCGUGGUUUCCAUGCUGACUUAAAAAAAGCAAUGUGAUAAUUUUUGUAAAUAGGUCAAAUAAUGGGGAAGUAUCUGCAUGCUCCUCAUACUGGCAUUGCAGUAUGAACUGCAAUAACAGCUUUCAAAAUUUCACCACUAGUGUGCAUAUUUGGUUACAUCCAAAAAUCUCCUAAAAUUGCAUGUUUCAUCUUAAAGCUUUGCAUUGCUACCAUAUACCAUACUAAUUUGGAAUUGUCAGGCAAAAAGCAUUCUCAGCAGCCACAGUUUUGAAUGUUCUUGAACAUAGUGUGAAACUGAAGACUUCCCGAAUGUAAAACAAAAUCAAUUGCUUUUUUCUAAUAUCAAACUGUGUUUUAAUCUGUUUUUGAACACUGAUAGUAUAGCUAUGAUGGGAAAUAUGCAGAAACUAUUUUGACUAUAUUUUGUCUAGCUAUUAAGCACUUGCAUUAUAAGCAUUAACAUCCUUGGUGCUUCUUUACAUCUUGUAAUAUACAUACUGUUUUAGAUCUCUAGGGGAACUGACACAUGAAGAAUGUUGUUGUUCUUGACAAUAUGAAUGCUUAAAAAGAAAGUCAAGGAAUACUACUUCCAGAGUAUUCCUGUGACAAAGCACUUUAGUAACACGUUGCUUAGCACUAAUGCUCUCUUUUCUUUAAAGUAACAAGUUUUGAAAUGCAAGUAUUAAAAGCUAUUCUUACUUCAUGUACUUAUCUGUGUGCAAAAAUAAACUUACAAAUUUGAAGCCCUGUCCACAGCCUUGACAAAUUGUGGUCUUCCCUUUGUGCCCAAGGAAUGCAAUUAAGCUAUCCUUUGCUUAUAUUUUUCCAGGUCCCAACUUGAAUGUUUGCGCUUAUUGUGUUAAUAACAAAACUAAGCAACUUAUCUUCAUUGUCUUUGUACAUGAAAUAUAACUAAAUAUCAUUGGCUAGGUCAAAUCCUUUUAUUUUGUAUGUUGUCUACAAAAUAGAUUUAAACUGUUACAUUAUCCAGACUUCCUGUUGUUACUUGUGUGAAAUGUGCAGUACAUGUAAAUGUCUCAUUUUGGUUUGGUACUAGUCUUAACAAACUGAACCCUCAUCUUGUAUGUUUAGCACUUGACAGUGGAGGGGGGUUAACUUUGUAAAAUGAAAGGUUAACAGGAUUUAAAUGAAGACUCCUAAACUAUGUAUGCAGUGAACUGAAGCAGCAUUGUGGCUUUCUGAACAUCACGUGAUAUGAGAAGAACAAUUAUCUUUUAGUAGAAUUCAAUAAAAUAAUUAUAUGAACA